AUGGAUCUCGAUGCACCAUUUGAGAAAAUAAAUGUUCAUGUACGAGGUGGCAGUAUUAUUCCGAUGCAAGUGCCCGGUCCAAAUCUGAUGAUCGGUCGUGGCAAUCCGUUUACAUUACUUGUCGCUCAAUCUGCAUCGAACAAUGCCACUGGAAAUCUAUUCUGGGACGAUGGUGAUUCAAUAGGUGAACAACGACAAUCAUCUCGAUUAGAUUGGGCUGAAUCGUCAUGUACAAGAUGGAUACAGAUACCACUAUUGUCAUGGAUAACGCCUAUUCUCUCCUUAGGUAAUAAACACACACUUGUGGAGAACGAUCUUAACGAUCUUGCUGUGAACGAUAAAUGUUCAGUCUUGUUACAUAGAGUGAAUCAUGAUCGUUCUCAAUGGCAAGGUACAUGGCAUGUAUACAUGCGAACAUUCUAUAAGGAUUUUAUAAUGAGCAUAUUGCUUGUUUUUCCACUUAUUAUGGCUCAUAUUGCACAGCCAUUACUUAUUCGUCAAAUUAUUCUCUAUAUAAAGGGUCAAUCUGGGUUACCAGUUUACGUAGGUUAUCUAUUUGCUGUUGGUCUUUGCAUUUCUGCAAUUUUACAAGCCAUUAUUCAUCAACAAAUUCUCUUUCGAAAUAGUCGCAUGGGUAUGCGUGUUCGCAAUACAUUAUCAUCUGCUAUCUAUAGGCACUUGUUAACCAUCAAUACUGCAGCUCUUCACAAGACUACUGCUGCUCAAAUGGUCAAUUUAGUAGCAAAUGAUGCCGGUAAAUUUGAAGAAUUAAGCAUAUUCGUACAUACUUUAGUGCUAGCACUUUUGGAAGCUCUUGGAACGUUUGCUUUCGUUUGGUGGUACAUUGGUUUACCGACAGUAUUUGGCUAUGCCGUACUGCUUUUAUUAGUACCUAUACAGUUUAUUUUCAGUAGAAAAUUCAGCCAAUAUCGAAAGACCACCAUGGCAUGUACAGACAAGCGUGUGCAAAUGAUCAAUGAACUUGUAAAUGGAUGUCAAAUUAUUAAAAUGUACAAUUGGGAAAAAGCCAUGGAACAACGAGUACGUGAAGCACGUCGUCGUGAACUUUUGAAUAUUUACAAAGCGAGUUGUUUGAGAGCUCUCAAUACUGCUCUCUCCUUCGCAGCGUUACCUUUGAUUUCUCUUGCUACAUUCGGUGGUAGUUGGCUAAUGGGCCGAACUUUACUUCCAGAAAACAUAUUCACAACAUUAGCCUUCUUCGUCAUGGUCCGAGUUCCAGUAACAGUUGGAAUGCCGCAAGCCAUCGAAAAAUUUAGUGAAGCUCGUGUGUCUGCAAGACGAAUUGAUCAAUUUAUGCAACUCAAUAUAUUGUCGAAUAAACGUGAAAAAAUGGAAAACGAAAACGAAGAUUAUGCAAUCAUCAUGGAAGAUGCAUCAUUUUCUUGGAACGAUACUCCUUCAUUGAUCGCUGUCAAUCUAAAAAUCAGAAGUGGUAACUUGGUUGGCGUGAAAGGUGCCAUUGGUAGUGGCAAGUCAACCUUACUCGCUGCUAUUCUCAGUGAAAUCAAUCUUGUUAGUGGACAACUACGCCUAAAGGUAAAUUCAAUUUCAUAUGCUCCACAGUUAGCUUGGAUAUUUGCUGACACUAUUCGAGCUAAUAUUCUUCUUGGCAAAGCGAUGGAUGAAGAGCGUUACAAGAAUGUAAUAAAGGCAUGUUGCCUUGAUAUCGAUCUACAAAAUUUCGGUGAAAUCGGUGAUUUAUUGAUGAUUGGUGACAAAGGUGUCAAUUUGAGUGGAGGACAAAGAGCUCGAAUAUCGCUUGCUCGUGCUCUAUACACGGAUGCUGACUUAUAUUUACUCGACGAUCCACUUGCUGCCGUUGAUCCAAAGGUAGCAAAGAACAUUUUUGAUCAAUGCAUUGGUCCUCGUGGUCUCCUUCAUGAAAAGACUCGAAUAUUAGUUACACACCAGACACAUUUUUUAGUUGAAAUAGAUCAAAUGCUUCUCAUGACCAAUGGUCACAUCGAAGAAUUACCGAUUGGACAAGGGUCUGCAAUAGACCCAUCGAAUGAUAUAUCAGAAAUAGAGUCAUCAAACGACAACGAAACAGAGUGGCAAUUUAACACUGCUGUAACUGAUAUGAAUUCGAUUGUCAAGAGUGAGAUAUCAUCUGACGGUGCCAUCAAGUGCAGUAUUUGGCUAAAACUGUUUACUUCACCACCUUUACGAUGGUUUGGUUUUGUUUUGAUGAUUAUUUUUAUGCUUGUUAAUGAAGCUUCGUACGAUUUUGCUAAUGUUUGGCUUGCUCUGUGGUCUGGUAAAAAUGAAAAAGAACAACGGUCAUUGUUUUAUGCUUAUGUCUAUGCUGGAGUUAUAUGUUUUACAUUGAUCGUUGCAGUAAUACGUGCAGGCUAUAUUUUCUAUAUUAUGUUGCGCGGUUCGACCUAUUUUCACAAUCGAAUGCUCAAAGGUAUGCUGUAUACUUCGUUACGGUUCUUUGAAAGUAAUCCAAGUGGACGAAUAUUGAAUCGAGCAAGUAAAGAUCAACAAGUAUUAGAUCAAGCGUUACCUCUAGCUUUAGUUGAUAUGAUGCAAUAUUUACUAAUGACGUUUGGUUCUAUCGCAAUCAUUGGAAAGAAUAACCCAUGGGUACUUUUAAUUCUCAUUCCUUUAAUUCCUACAGUCUUAUGGCUCCGUCGAUUUUACAUGUGUUCAAGUAGACAACUUAAACGACUAGAAAGUGUAACGCGUAGUCCUGUUUAUGCAUUGUUCUCAUCAUCAUUAGAUGGACUCACUAGUAUUCGUGCGUUUAAUGUUCAAGAACAAUUUUUAAAUAUGUUUAUCGAACGAAUCGAUACCAAUUCAAGAGCUUACUUCUUACUCUUUGCCACUGCACGUUGGUUCGGUUUACGACUCGACAUUGUGGCAUCCUUACUCACAUUGAUUACUGCUCUUCUUGCAGUAGUUUUGCGCCAUCAAAUCGAUCCAUCGGCGGCAGCACUUAGUAUCAGUUAUUGUAUUACUUUAACAGGUCUCUUUCAAUGGGCUAUACGACAAUCAACCGAAGCUGAAAAUUUCAUGACUAGUGCAGAACGUAUUCAUGAAUAUGGUCAACUAGUACCAGAGAGCCACCAGAACACUAACGAGAGUAAUGUUCUCAUUCAACCAGCAAAGGAUUGGCCUUCUCGUGGUGUUAUCGAAUUUAAGGACUACACUUUUCGCUAUCGGCCAGAGCUCGAUCCUGUACUCAAAAAUCUUAAUUUACUAAUUAAAUCAAAGGAAAAAAUUGGCAUUAUUGGUCGGACAGGCGCAGGAAAGUCAUCACUUCUUCACGCUCUCUUUCGACUUGUCGAUCAGUCAGCAAUCAACGGCACCAUACUCAUUGACGAUAUCGAUAUUGGACGACUUUCGCUCGAUCAUCUUCGUUCUCAUCUAAGUGUUAUUCCACAAGUACCCAUACUCUUCUCUGGUACACUUCGAUAUAAUAUUGAUCCAUUUCACCAAUUCUCAGAUGAAGAAUGUCUUACAGCACUUGAAGCUGUUCAACUCAAACAAUUGGUGCGCAACCAUCCUGAUGGACUUCAUUUGUUAGUGGCUGAAUCUGGUACGAAUUUGAGUGCUGGUGAACGCCAGCUGAUUUGUGUAGCUCGAGCCAUUCUAAAGAAGAGUCACAUAUUGCUGAUUGAUGAGGCUACAGCAAAUGUUGACCAUGCUACCGAUAUGUUGAUUCAAGAGGUGAUUGCUGACAAGUUUCGUGAUCGCACCAUAUUGACGAUUGCACAUCGGUUUAAUACAGUUGAAAAUAGUGAUCGUAUUAUUAUGUUACAACAGGGAGAGAUGGCCUACUUCGAAGUGCCUACUAAUAUUAAUCUAAAUUAA